CAAGAUUACUUCUCUUCUCUCCUCGAGGAAUACAAUAAAUAUAUGGGCAUUGCCAAAAGCAGUAUGUUACCACAACUAUGGAUCCAAGGGUGCUACGUGUGCUUUUUCACGUGGCUAGCUACUAGAGGGUGAUUUUGACAACGGAAGGUUGUCUGCGUUAGUUGGUGUUACAUGUGAAAGGAGGCGGGUGAGGACAUGGAUCAUCUUCUCUUACAUUGCGGGCUAACUAUGAGGCUGUGGUAGGAUAUGUUUGGGUGGUUUGGCUCUCCUUGGGCAAUGCCAAAAACUGUGAAAGAUUUGAUUUUCAGUUGGAAGAUCAGGAGAAGGAAGAGAAGGCAAAGGGCUUGGAAUGUGGUUCCACUUUGUUAACCAUAGGCAAGCUACCAUGGUUCAAUAAGUUGUUAGAAGUUGGAUAAUAAGUUGUUAGAGUUAGUUGAAGUUUGUUAGAUGUUAGUUGUAGGUUGAUAGUGACUUACAACUAACUAGCAACACUCUAUAAAUGCACCUUACUCACACCACAUGUGUGAAGGAUUUGUAAUUACACAAUGUGAACAAUGUAAACUUUCAUCUCAUUUCCUUCUGUUUCUUCUCUUCUUCUCUGCUGUUUCCUUUCUUCUGCUGCUUCCUUUCUUCUGCAUCUCUUUUUCUUCCUUCUCGACUAGCUAUUCUUAAUUCAUAUAGUCGUCUAACACAACUCCAUCAAUGGAGUUAUCAUGGUAUCAGAGCGUUUGGUAAGAUCCUAGAGCAGUAACAAGUAGUUAAGUGCUUAGAAGCAGAGUAGUACAGGUGCUCAUUUCUGGAAAGUGUUUGAGUCGCAAUUAAGUCUCAGCAUACUCAGUUUCGAAGUUAGUUCAUUGGUGAACCUAGGUGAAGCUGCAACUGGAACACUAGGUGCUGAAAACUUUAACUCAAACACAGCAGCAUCUGAGCUUGUAAUUCCGAAUAUUGACCACAAUCAUCCUCUCUUCUUGCAUCAAAAUGAUACUCCAGGUAGCUCCUUAAUUUCUCUUCAACUAGUUGGUUCAGAGAACUAUGCAAUCUGGAGUAGAUCCAUGAGAAUUGGAUUGAUAGGCAAGAGUAAACUUGGAUUUAUUGAUGGUAGAUAUACUAAGUCUAUGUUUGGACCUGAGUUCUCGGAUGCUUGGGAGAAGUUUAAUGCUGUAAUCCUCUCUUGGAUUAUGAAUGCUGUUCGACCAGGAUUGUUGGGGACUGUGGUGUAUGGAGGAGAUGCACACAAAGUGUGGUGUGAUCUGAAGGAAAGGUUCGACAAGAUUAAUGGAGCUCAUGUGUAUCAACUCCAUAAAGAAAUUCAUGACCUAAGUUAGGGGACCAUGUCAGUUACAGACUAUUAUACAACACUCAAAGGUCUGUGGAAUGAAUAUGAUUCAAUUAUGCCUUGUCAAGGCUGUUCAUGUCCUGAGUCUAAGAAGUUUCAAGAUCAUUAUGAGUAUCAAAGGUUGCUAGAGUUCCUAAUGGGACUAAAUGAAACCUACUCUGUAGUUAGAGGACAGAGUCUGAUGCAGUCUCCAAUUCCAAAUCUGAACAAAGCUUUUUCCCUUGUCAUAGAUCAUGAAAGUCAAAGGAACAUAGCACACACUAACUAUGAAUCAUUCCUUCCUAAACUGAUUGAAAGUACUGCAUUGUUUAGCCAAAAAGGGAGUGGUCAUGGAGUUGGUAAUGGUAACUCUGGUCAUCAACCUAGUGGAGGUGGUGGUAAUCCAAGUAGAAGUCACUAUGAAACUCAGUUCAAUCCUCAGAAACCACAAAAGUCUGUCAUCACCUAUGAAGUUUGUGGUUAUAGAGGUCACACUAAGGAGCAAUGUUUCAAGGUCAAAGGCUAUCCAGUGGGCUGGAGAUCCAAGAAGAAAACUGGUAGUUCUAUAACUAGCUCUAGUUCCUUUGCUAACCAAGUUACAGUUGCUCAAAGUGCAGGCUCAUCACACAAUGAAGAACCUAGUGCAGCAAACAGGUCACCUGCAGCUUUCUUCACAGUUGAUCAAUAUCAGCAGAUCAUGCAGCUACUAGCCAAAGAAAGUGACACUGGUGGAGAGCACUCAGCCAAAGCAGCCACUGCAGUAUCUCUACAGUGGACAGGUCAAGGGGAUUGGUAGAGAAGAUGAAGGACUCUACAUUCUCAAGGAAGGCUUCAA